GUGACACACAGAAAACAGGAGAUUGAAUCCUUCGAGAGAGUCUGACUGAUGCUGCUCGCAUGUAAGGCUGUUACUUAAGUAGGCAGCGAUGUAUCCGGCAGAAGAGUCAGUGCCAGAGCUACGGCACCAAAGUUCCCCAGCAAUCCUUACCAGCUAACAGCUGUGCCUCUCAUGAGAUGCGAUCUUUGGCCUUUAUUUUGGCUUCUUUCCGCCUAGUCAGUGCCAACUUCGUCAACCAGGGCCAAGUUCUUAGUCUCAAUGGUGUUUCUUACUAUGCCGGCGGGAUCGCUGUGGGCCAAGUAGGAACAAACGGCUCUGGUUUCUCGGUGCUCGCAACUGCCCAAACUCCUGGCCAAGACCUGGUUCCACUCACCAUUAUCGAGACCUCGCGCAGCAUCCUUUCAGGAGACGAGCUUCUGAACAUCACGGCCACCUAUGAUAGCACGGACGAUGUCUUCCAACCUGCCUUUCUACAAACGAUCUAUCUCCGCCCAAGUACAUCUAAUGCUACUGUUGUUUACAACCGCACUACAUCUCUCGAGUCUCAACUAUCACGACAGGGCACCUCUUUGGUUCUGUCGUCGCAGAAGAUCGAUGGCCUUGCAAGCAACAUCGCGAGUGGUGUAACUGACUUGAGUCUCCCUCGAGGCCCCUACUUCGUCUCGGUUCACACCGGAAACAUCUACAAGGCCUACCGGCUAUACUACGAUGACCAUCUCGCUUUUGUACAAGGCGUGAUUAGCGAUGAAAAGGGUGCUUUCACUACCCUCCCUGCCGUUACUGAGAAUGUUAUGGCAAAGAGUAUUGCAGUUCCGUCACGACUCUACUACACCAAAACAGAAGAGCAGCCUCUCGCCGGUCUCCGCUUCGGAGUCAAGGACAUUUUCCACGUCAAGGGAGUAGGCACGAGCGGCGGAAAUCGGGCCUACUUCUACUUGUAUGGGCGCCAGAACAACACUGGACCGGCUGUGCAACGACUCAUCGACCUUGGCGCUGUUCUCGUUGGUAAGAUGGGUACUGUGCAGUUUGCCAACGGCGAUCGUCCUACCGCCGACUGGGUUGACCUCCACGCCCCUUUCAACCCCCGAGGCGACGGGUACCAAGACCCCAGUGGCUCGUCUACUGGUCCCGGUGCUGGAGUCGGGGCGUACGACUGGCUUGAUCUUGCUGUCGGCAGCGACACCGGUGGUUCCAUGCGUGGUCCGGCAGGAUCCCAAGGCCUCUUCGGAAACCGGCCUUCCACGGGCGCCAUCUCCCUCGAACAUGUUAUUCCACUGAGUCCCGUUUCAGAUACCGCCGGAAUGUUCGCUCGCAGUGGCAGUCUCUGGGCCAAGGUCACACAGGCUUGGUAUCCUGAGUUUGCUUCCAACUACACUUCCUACCCGACGACACUCUACCAAUCAACGGCUAGAGGCGGCGCUUGGUCUGGGGGCAACGUUAGCGAGGAGGCCACCAGUGUUAUCGCGAGCUUCGUAGGAAAGUUGGAAGGCUUUCUGCAGGCUAACUCAACUCCUGCAAACUACACGCAGCUCUGGGGCGAGACGCACGGAGAAGCACCAGCCGAUGUUAACGAGAUGCUAUACCUCACCUAUGGCGUUUACGUCUCUCAUGAUCAGUGGAACGAACUCGGCAAGCCAUUUUUCGAGGACUAUGCAGCCAAGUUUGACGGACGUCAACCAUACAUCAACCCAGGGCCCCUCGCUAGAUGGCAAUGGGGUCAGAUUCAUUCGACGGAAGAAGUCUAUGCUGAAGGCCUCCGCAACAUUUCCCUCUUUAGAUCCUGGUACGAGACCGAGGGUUACGGACGACAUAAUCCCGAGUCUUGCUCCGAGGGGCUCUACAUCUACCCCUGGUCUGUGGGCCAGCCCUCCUAUCGCGAUGUCUACCUCCAGGCCCGGACCACACCGCCGCUGGGCUUUGACGACUCUUCCGUCCCGGUCAUGGCCGGCGCCCCGGAAGUAGUGGUUCCCAUCGGAGAAGUCCCCUACAACAGCACCAAGUCGUUGCAUACGGAAUAUCUCCCUGUGACUAUGGCUCUGAGAAUGGCGAGGGGAUGCGAUCAUCAUCUCGCCAAUCUAGUCAGUGAUCUUGAGAAAGAGGGUAUUCUUCGCCCGGUAGCUGCGGGUCGCCGGCUGUACCCUUGA